ACUAAAGAAGCGAGCAUGUAUAAUCAGUGUAGUGUAAGAAAUCCAAUGGAGAAAAACAUGAGAGCCUUGGUGCUACUGUUCUUGUGCUGCUGGUCACUUGCGGAGGUGGUUAAUGGCCAACAGCAACAGCAGCGAGAGGGGCAGAUGCAGCAGCAGCAAAGCUGCAGAACGCAGCAUCUGAGUGCCCAACAGCCUUAUGAGACGAUCAGAUCAGAGGGUGGCACUAUCGAGCUCUCUACCAGGCAAGAUAAUGAUGAAUUGGACUGCGCAGGUGUUGAGUUUAUCAGAGAGACUGUCGAAAGAGAUUGCCUCGCGCUCCAGAGGUUCUCUAACGUUCCUGAAAUUAGAUACGUCGUUGAGGGUCAGGGGUGGUUGGGUGUGGUUUUUCCUGGGUGUCCCGAGACUUUCAGGCGGUCUCCUUUUGAAGAAGAAGGAGAGUGCCAAAGGAGGAGAGGAGGAGAAGGAAGAGGAAGAGGAGAACGAGGACGAGGAGGAGAGGGAGAAGAAGAGCAAAGAGGAAGAGGAAGGGAGGAAGAGUGUUCGAGGCACGAGCGUGAGCGUGCUCGGGAAGAAAGCUCGCAGAAGAUAAGAAGAGUGAGAAGAGGAGACGUGGUAGCCAUCUAUGCAGGGGUGGCGUACUGGUGGUAUAAUGAUGGCGACACUCCUCUCCGAACCGUGGCCAUUGCCGACGCCUCCAACCAUCAGAACCAGCUCGACAAACGUUACCGCCCCUUCUUUUUGGCGGGAUCCUCUGCAACUCGGGAAAGGAGAGAGAGGCAGGGAGAAGGGCAGAGAUAUGGAGGUAAUGUUCUGGCAGGGUUCGAUCCCAACAUGUUAGCAGAGGCUUUGGGUGUGAGGAGACAAGUAGUGAUCGACAUUCAAGAGAACAACCGAGAAAGUGGGCUCAUUGUCCGAGUGAAUGAGCCACUUCGACCACGACCAGGAAGAGGAGCACCACAGUUUUUCAAUACAUUCGUAGAGGACUCAGAGGAAGACGAGAGGGAGGGCGUAAAUCCAGGUGGGCUUCAUCAAUUCUACUGCAACAUGCGCCUGCGCCACAAUGCAGAUCGUCCCGACGACGCCGACGUCUUUGUAAGAGAUGGAGGGAGACUCAACACAGUAAACCGCUUCAAACUCCCCGCACUCACUCACCUGAACUUGGCCGCCGAGAGAGGCGUUCUCCGCCCUGGAGCCAUGUUUGCGCCAUCGUGGGUUGCAUGCCAUGCAAUAUUGUAUGCCACCAGAGGCGAUGCCCGAAUUCAGGUUGUGGAAAACAGGGGAAGAAGGGUGUUCGAUGGAAGAGUUCAGGAAGGCCAGUUCCUCGUCAUCCCUCAGUUUUAUGCCGUCAUGAAGAGGGCUGGUGACCAGGGCUUCGACUGGAUCACCUUCACCACAUGCCACAGUCCAAUCCGUUCGAGCUUUACUGGAAGAAACUCGGUGCUGAAGGCAAUGCCUCAGGAGGUUGUGAUGAAUGCAUACAACAUUUCGAUGAGAGAAGCUCAUGAAUUGAGGUGGAACAGAGAGCAUGAAUUCCUCAUUCUGCCCCCGCGUGGAAGCCGCAGAGAAUCUGAGGAGUGAAUGAGAAUGAAAGCAGGGUAUCGUAUGAGAUCUGGUUUUAUGUACAUGAAAAUGGAAAUGGGGCCACCUGAUCCUCAUUUUCCCUCUAAAUAAAUAGAAGUUAGUUCUGAUAUGAAAUGUUGUUUCGUGUUCAGUGGAGAGCGAAUCCCGUGUCUUUAGAAACAUUCCUCUAUAAAAAGGAUGCUGCCACUUUUUCUUA